UCCUUCGUGUUACUGUAACGAUUCCAUAAGCUCUGUCGCCUCCUCACAGCAAUUUACCUACAAUAAGAGUCUUUCAUACAAUAAAAAGGCCUGCAUGUCCCUUACCUCUAAUUUCCUUUUCUCUUUGAUUUGGGGCUACGGAUGGAAAGUCGCCCUCGUUGCGUUCCUGUACGUGACGAGUGUAUUGGUGGGCCGUAUUGCUUAUCCCAUCAUACUACGAUAUCCUUGGCCGCAUCCCACGACUUCCAGACGAAUUUGCAGCGACAAGAGAAAGAUUGUGGUACUCGCUGGUUCCUACAACCCACCGCAUCUCGGGCACUUGGCCAUGAUACAGUAUCUGGGUGAACGCUAUAGAAAGGUGAUAGUGGUAAUUGGCGUAAACCCGAGCAAAAGGUACGACGUUACUCCAGAAGAACGAGCGGAUUUGACUCGGCGCAUGCUAAAGAGAAGCGCUACAUCGUCCAAUGUAGAAGUUCAUGUUGUGAAAGGCUACAUAUGGCGACAUGCCAAGAGAGAAGGCGCCGAAAUUUUCUUUCGGGGCAUUCGGAGCUGGGAAAAGGACGGCCGAGAGGAACGAUCCCUGCAGAUUCUCAACACAUGGGGACCCUUGCUGCUAGGUCCUUUGUGGUAUCCUAUCCCAACACAGUUUUUGGAAGGAAAACCAGAGUACAACCACAUUAGUUCGACUCUGAUACGAGACCUUUCGUCUAUUCCGAACUCCAGUGUGACAGAUUUGGAGCACUUGGUACCGAAGUCCAUAGUCAAAGAUGUGACAAAAUUGUAUGGUUGGUAAAGGGAGAUACUUUCCGUUUCAGCUUCUCUGCUCCAGGGACUUGACAAAUUUCCGCGAAUUAACGUUACAGAUGCGGCUGCACAAUCGUUGAACGAAGGCCUGACGGGGACGCCUAUGCGUACUUUUUCCGAUUUGCGUUGCCAACGCCGUAGCAUACACAUGAAGGAACCAUUGCACAUUCAGAUUGUAGACGUUUCACUCUGCCGUAAAUUGGAAAGUUUGCACAGUCCUGUAUCUCUGACAACAUGGUCCGUUCAUGGCAAAUGAGCACCACAAGUGCCGCUAUUUUCUUUUCUUGUCUACUAAUGUCUUUUUAUAGAGAAUGUAAGCUAGUCGCAUAACACAAAGGCGGUUUUAUCAUUGUACGCAGCACUUAUUGUACCUGUAUAAGUAUUCGGAGAUCCCGUUCCGUUUAGUAACGACGGGAGCGCUUUCGGCUGUUCUUCUCAGUGAACUUUUGCUUCAUUUGUUUGUCUUUAAAAUCAAUAAAGUUUGUCCAGUACUUUAUUUCUUCGUCUCCUUCCAGAAUUUGCGCAGAUUCAACCUUUGCACCAGCAACAGUCACAUCGCCAGAAGCAAUUUUCUUGCAAAGCUCCGCGACCUUGUCCGAGGGCUCUGAGAACCGAACGGCGCCGUCCUUUUGUCCUCUCGAAUAGUCCAUGUAGAUCUUUUGCUCCUUAACUUCGUCGGUUGAGAUUUCCAAGCCCUUGGCCACAGCAUCCAGCAAAGCUUCACGGUCUGGAAAGUUACCGAUUCAGGUUAUUAAUACAAGAUGGUCUGAACAGCAAGAAACAGAUGCCCACCAAACGUACCGGUGUCGGCUACAAGCCCGUUGAUUUGAAUGACGCAGCCUGGCUUCCAUUCCAAUGUGAAAGGAACGUAUUCCUUUUUCUCGGUCGCUCCUUCCCUUUUUUCGCCCUUCGACUCCGAGCUGGGUUCCUUUCGCUUUUUGCGUGAAUCUAUGUAAUCCUUCAGCGAUAGAACUUCCAAUUCCUUUUCUCCAAGUACAAGUUUUUUGGUGGUCUCAUUCUUUUCUCCCCCCUUCGACGUUAGCGUUUCGGCUGCUGCCUUUUCGAACGCAUCUUUGUUUUCAAACUCGACCAAGGCGGCGCCCAAAGGCACCCGGCGUUUGCUACCGGAACGACGACGAUUGCUGUUCGCCUUCUUGUGAUCAUAAUCAUCGUCAUCCGCUUCGGCAGAGUCGGAUCGACGGAAUCGCAGUUUCACAAUCGCAAUUGGGCCGUAGCUGCCGAACAAAUCACGUACAUCAUCAGUAGUGACUUCGUAGUUGACGUUUCCAUCACUUUCCUGAAUGGGUAAAUUGCUAACGUAAAGGGUCACGGGGAUGUUCUCGUCCAUGAGUUUCGAAGUGAAUGGAUCGGUACGACCAAUUGCUUUGCCAUCUUCGGAGACUUGCAAUUUGUUCAAUGACUUGGCGGCCAGGACGACAACGUCAGGAGAACUAGUAUGUUGUUUGAUAGUAUUAAAACGCAAUAAACUCUCAACAGUCACUUGAUGAGGGUACUCCCCGGCUUCGUUGAGAAGCUGCUUGCGAAUAAAAUAAUCCUGACGCACGUUGGCAUCGGAAAAGAAGAAUGCGAGACGCUCUGCGACGGCUUGGACAACAACUUUGUCCGCCAGGUCGGCUUGUUCGAUAUUUGACACUUUAUCGGUGCAAGCGGCUACCUUUGUGUCAGCAGCUACUGUAGUGGCUUCGUCGGGAGCAGCAGCGUUGUCUUGGGAAUCUUCGGUCGCCAUUGUUGGAACGCUUUUGACGGGAGACCAGAAAGCGUAGUGU